GUAGAGGUGAAUUUAAAUGAACGUCGGACACGAAGAGGAGUUUAUCGUGUCAUUCAAGAAAGUGAAGGAAGUGACGAGGACGAAGAAGUGGAAUCCGUCGACGAUCUUCUUUAUCCCCGCGAAAGUCUACCAGAUGCCCCAGCGUCAUCGCGACCCACGUCUCCCGAACUCGCGUCGUCUCGGGAUGCUUCCCCAAACCCGUCUAUGCUGUUGUCACGGAAGAGACGAGGACGACCUUCCAAAGACGACCCUGAGUCCGCCAGUGCAUCGGUAACAGAGAAGACAUCUUUCAAGUCAGUCAUCACGACACGUGGACAGAAGGCCAGGGAGGCUUCGAUGUCAAGCAGUCCUUCACAGGGUCGUUCCGCAUCCGCCGUAUCCGAGAAUACCGGGACUUCAGGUUGUGCUUUCAACCUUCGUUCACGUCGAUCUGAGUCAGCGGUGGCAUCCUUGUCGAUGACACAGGUGACAAAGCCCCGCGGCAGACCGCGGAAGUAUCCCUUACCAGAGGGCUCAACGUCUUUCCAGGUCAAAGAGGAGACUCCGGUAGAUACGAGUCUUUCAACUCGUGGCCGAUCCUCGACUGCGUUGAAGGCAACAGCAAUGGAAGCUGUAACCCCUGACAAAGAGGUGUUGAAGCAGAAGAAAGCUCCCUCUGUACCUUCUUGCAUGACCUGCCUGAAUCCCUUACCGGCUGAGGACAUAGAAGAUGUGUCCCCUGUGAAGGGAAAGGGUAAAGGCAAAAGCAAGGCAAAAGCUAAGGAAAUAGAGAAGGAUUGUCAAAGAUGCGCGCGUCAUCUUGCAAUUUGGGGCGCUCGGUGGCCUCAUCGUAUUCCGACAUCAGCGUCCUACGUUGCACUGACCCGCGAGAAUACUCCUUCUGAUUGUGCAGACAGUGCUUCUCGUACAUCUGUAUCUGCUGUAGACAUGAGACUUGCAGCAGCACGUUUCGCUCAACUCAGGCUCAUUAAGGAACUGGAACAGGAGGUUCAAGUGCGGGCAGAGUCUAUACCCUCGAAAGGAUUGGUCGCCGGAAUGAAACGAAAGAGGAAGGAAAUGGCACCAGAGAUUGACCCACGAACACGCGCAGUGAAACCAUGUCCACCUGUCAAGACUGUUAAUGUCCGAGGUGCGAAGGUCAAAGACGAGCAUGCGGAUGAAGUACCUCUACACGGUCCAAUUAAGAAAAGAGCUAUUGAACAGAUCACCAAAUCGACCAUUAAUGGUGCUCGUGCCUCUUCGGCGAGCCGUCAGCGCAACAAUAGUCGACCUCCUACUACAGACGAAGCGGCAGCAUGUUCUGAGGGUCAUCGUAUGGAUGAUGAAUACGAUGACCGUCGAGAUAAGACAUUUUGGCCAGCACUACCACCUCUUCCUCCCGUAGGCGAGGGCAUAAAGCGAACAGGUUUAUUGAACCUGCGCCCCAACCCAAACCUCGUAUCACGUUGGCGCACCAGUCCUUUGCGCGCAGCACACUCGUCCGAUAGUACUCCAACGCUCAUUGAUGAUGAUACAGAUGAGACUGCCUCAGAUGGACACCCACCCACCCCAGAAAAUAACGGCGGCGCUACACCGGAAGUAGUCGACGAAGCAGAACGACAGGCGCGCCACCUAUCUGUUGUGUGCGACCUUCCACCCCUUUCGGACGAGGAUGAAGAAGUGGAUGACGAUGGUGAUGUAGUCGAGAAGAAAAAUUCGGUCUCGACACUCAAGGGCCUCGGUCUCAUUUCACGACCGAAUCCUUUGGUGUUGUCAAAGCGCAUUUGGGCACCUCCAGCGCUCAUUGCAGAUCCUGACUGUGAAGAAUUAACACACUCAUCUUCUCCAGAGCAGAUAAGACCGAAGAGGCGUCGUAAAAUUCAAGAAAUGGAUGAUCAACGUAUGGUUGUUGACAGUGCCCCUUCGAGCCCCACUGACCGGACCUCUCUUUCCGACUUGUCCAUCCGCGCCUUUGAAUCGAGAGUGAAGAAGGGUAUGUUUGAUGACUUUGACGCAUCUUCAGGAGAAGAGGAUGUGAUUCUUCCUGGGCCGUCCAAUUCAAAACUUUAUCUCUUGCAUAAUAAAGCAUUCAGUACCCCCGAUUCCACACGGACACCAUUGCAAGCCUCGCCAGCUCCAGAGACUGAACGGACCGCCGUCGCGAUACAUCAUACUCCGCCGAGCGUUACCCUCACUUCUUCUCCUUCGUUAGCGAAGAUACUGAAUCAACCCGUGCUCACCCUCGGUCCUCUACAUUCCGACUUUCUACCACCUUCGCCGGUUCCGGUUCGCUCCCCGAUGCUCGUUACUACCUCGUGGGAUGCAUGGGAUGAAUCAGACACUUCUGCUUGACUUUAUCGAACGAUCGACACGCAAUUGUAAUUUAUUUACCAACCAAUCACCAUUUGUCCCUUUCCAGCCAAUACACAGUGGUCUC